UGUUAAUGAAAACAUCAUGCCGAACACCGACAAGAACAGUGUCCUGUCAAGCGCAUUCAUUGAUGAUGAGAUGCGAGAUCCCAAUUGGAAUGCAACUCUUUCAGUCAACAACUUGUUGAAGAGGGUGCACAGUUGGUGAAUAUGAUCGAAAACAGCAUCAGCUCAGCCUGCUGUCAACAACUGAUAGACGUUCAGAUGACGAUGAUGCCAUUGGUGAUGCCAUUGGUGGUGCCCCACUCGAUCCAGGUGAUUGCCGAAAAUGAACGAGAACUGCCCUCUACUUCUAGAACUUCUAAGUUUGUGAUGUCUUUCUAUCUAAGUUGCUGUUAAUGAAAACAUCAUGCCGAACACCGACAAGAACAGUGUCCUGUCAAGCGCAUUCAUUGAUGACGAGAUGCGAGAUCCUAAUUGGAAUGCAAAUCUUUCAGUCAACAACUUGUUGAGGAGGGUGCACAGUUGGUGAAUAUGAUCGAAAACAGCAUCAGCUCAGCCUGCUGUCAACAACUGAUAGUGGUUCAGAUGACGAUGAUGCCAUUUGUGGUGCCCCACUCGAUCCAGGUGAUUGCAGAAAAUGAACGAGAACUGCCCUCUACUUCUAGAACUUCUAAGUUUGUGAUGUCUAUCUAUCUAGUUGCUGUUAUAAAUGAAAACAUCAUGCCGAACACCGACAAGAACAGUGUCCUGUCAAGCGCAUUCAUUGAUGACGAGAUGCGAGAUCCUAAUUGGAAUGCAAAUCUUUCAGUCAACAACUUGUUGAGGAGGGUGCACAGUUGGUGAAUAUGAUCGAAAACAGCAUCAGCUCAGCCUGCUGUCAACAACUGAUAGUGGUUCAGGUGACGAUGAUGCCAUUGGUCGUGCCCCACUCCAGGUGAUUGCAGAAAAUGAACGAUAACUGCCCUCUACUUCUAGAACUUCUAAGUUUGUGAUGUCUAUCUAUCUAGUUGCUGUUAAUGAAAACAUCAUGCCGAACACCGACAAGAACAGUGUCCUGUCAAGCGCAUUCAUUGAUGAUGAGAUGCGAGAUCCCAAUUGGAAUGCAACUCUUUCAGUCAACAACUUGUUGAAGAGGGUGCACAGUUGGUGAAUAUGAUCGAAAACAGCAUCAGCUCAGCCUGCUGUCAACAACUGAUAGACGUUCAGAUGACGAUGAUGCCAUUGGUGAUGCCAUUGGUGGUGCCCCACUCGAUCCAGGUGAUUGCCGAAAAUGAACGAGAACUGCCCUCUACUUCUAGAACUUCUAAGUUUGUGAUGUCUUUCUAUCUAAGUUGCUGUUAUAAAUGAAAACAUCAUGCCGAACACCGACAAGAACAGUGUCCUGUCAAGCGCAUUCAUUGAUGACGAGAUGCGAGAUCCUAAUUGGAAUGCAAAUCUUUCAGUCAACAACUUGUUGAGGAGGGUGCACAGUUGGUGAAUAUGAUCGAAAACAGCAUCAGCUCAGCCUGCUGUCAACAACUGAUAGUGGUUCAGAUGACGAUGAUGCCAUUUGUGGUGCCCCACUCGAUCCAGGUGAUUGCAGAAAAUGAACGAGAACUGCCCUCUACUUCUAGAACUUCUAAGUUUGUGAUGUCUAUCUAUCUAGUUGCUGUUAUAAAUGAAAACAUCAUGCCGAACACCGACAAGAACAGUGUCCUGUCAAGCGCAUUCAUUGAUGACGAGAUGCGAGAUCCUAAUUGGAAUGGAAAUCUUUCAGUCAACAACUUGUUGAGGAGGGUGCACAGUUGGUGAAUAUGAUCGAAAACAGCAUCAGCUCAGCCUGCUGUCAACAACUGAUAGUGGUUCAGGUGACGAUGAUGCCAUUGGUCGUGCCCCACUCCAGGUGAUUGCAGAAAAUGAACGAUAACUGCCCUCUACUUCUAGAACUUCUAAGUUUGUGAUGUCUAUCUAUCUAGUUGCUGUUAUCAAUAAAAACAUCAUGCCGAACACCGACAAGAACAGUGUCCUGUCAAGCGCAUUCAUUGAUGACGAGAUGCGAGAUCCUAAUUGGAAUGGAAAUCUUUCAGUCAACAACUUGUUGAGGAGGGUGCACAGUUGGUGAAUAUGAUCGAAAACAGCAUCAGCUCGGCCUGCUGUCAACAACUGAUAGUGGUUCAGAUGACGAUGAUGCCAUUGGUCGUGCCCCAC